GGUCGCGCUGCAAUGGCGCAAAUGGGAAUUGCGCAGCGCCCGAUCAAAACUUUGAUGAUAUCGAAAUGACGUUCGCCACAGCGGAGACUGUGGCAACGCUCUCUGCCAUACUUCUAUCCCCCAUAAGGCUAUCUGAAGCACACCGAGUAAAUCAACUACUUGCAGAUUCAAAUAGCAACCCCAGCUUCCCUCAAGUCCAGCAGUGCCCACCUUCCAAGGGUGGUGGCAUUUGUCCUCUGCAAAACACCUGUUGCCCCAUUCGACUAUCGAAUGGUACGAUUCAUAGUGGCUGUAUUCCCAGCGAUCUAGGCGCUUCUGUGGCAACCUGUUGUGCCGAUCAACUGACUGGCUGUGGAGUGGGGUACCAAUGCUUGGAAGAUGAAUUGAACAAUCGACCAGUAUGUAAGGCCACAGCUGAGAUUCAAGAUCCCUUGGUGCAAGAACUGCCUCGCUAUCCACUAUGUCACAAGUCUAAAAAUGCCAAUUUCCAGCACAUUCAGAGGUUUGUGUCGCCUAGCAAAUUUCCAACUGCAGAAAUGCUGUACUAUUCAUCACAUGGAGACAUACAGCACUGGAACCACCACCAGCAGAAUAUGAUACACAAAGUUUUGAUUGUGAUUCAUGGUGCCAAUCGCAAUGCAGAUGAUUACUUUUGUUCUGCCUCUGCAGCGGUACUACGAGCUUCACAACCAUUGCCUGACCAGGUCCUUCUGUUGGCUCCCCGCUUUGUGGUCCCUCAAGAUUUGCCACCAACCGUCCACCUCGGAACAGAAACCGGUAGAAUUCUACAAUGGGAUGGAAAUGCCCCCAAUGGCGCUUGGAGAUAUGGUGCCAAUGCUAUUGCUCCAUUGACAGCCACCAAUGUCAGUUCCUUUGAUGUACUCGAUGCUUUUGUGGAAACUAUUCGGUCCCAUGUUGGAAUGUCAUGCAACCGCAUCACUGUGGUUGGCCACUCCAGUGGAGGUCAGUUUGUGCAACGAUGGGCCCUUUUGUCCGACCAAGCCCAGCAUGUGCAAACAGUGGUGGCCAACCCCAGUUCCUAUGCCUAUCUGACACCACAACGGUAUGACACGAACACUGGGUCUUGGAAGGUCCCCGGUGCGCAGAAGGACUGUCUCCACAGGUACAAUCAAUGGGAAUGGGGAAUGGAGAUGUCCAAGGACGAAACAUCAGAAUACGUGCGGCGGAGACUACAGAACAGAAACCAAACAGACGCAGUGAUAGAGCGAUUUGCGACGCGUCAGGUUGUCUACUUGGUGGGUACCUUGGAUCGAUGCAACGCGUCCUCCUCUGACGAGGAGAGGUCAACACCAGCAACUACCAAGCCAUGGUGCUACUCCCACGGUCUGGAAACAACUUGUAUGGACCACAUUCAAGGAAGCAAUCGAUGGGAGCGCAAUGUUCGGUACCUGGAAAUGCUGAAACUUGUGAUUCCUUCGUCCCAGAAAUACCACAAGAGGGUCGUGGUACCGGGAGUGGGCCAUGACCACAGUCUCAUGUUCUCGAGCCCCCAGGGACUGGAGGUGCUGCUCUCCAAGAGUAGCAGUGAUGAAAUGCAUUCCAUCAACCCGAUCGCAUCAUAAACCAAGAAUGAUGCAGGGUUGUGAAGCACUGUCACCUGGUGGUGGAACCCGUGCUAUUACGGUACCGGUACCAGGUACGAAACUUGGAUACGGCAAUAACUAGUACCUGGUACGAGUACCAGUGGUACACUGUACGGCGAUUGAACGAUAGUAAUUGAGUCGAGUCGCGAGAGCAGACAGGCGCCAGACGUCUGGCUAGACCAGUCUUUAGGCUGUUUUCCUUCAUGUUCCGUAAGGCUCCGGCUGCCCUUCGCAGACAAGAGAUAGAAUUCACUUCUGUCGCCCACCGUUCUGCUGACACGAACAUGUACUGAAGGUGUACAUAGACUACUGGUACUGAUCAUGAGCAGUCUCACCACAUGUACUGCAG